UUGCACAUCUUGGAUUUAGAACUCUUUGUUUGGAUCUUGAUAUGUUUUCCAUGUUUAGUUGGUCAAACACCCCUAUCAUAUUGUUUCAUCCAUAAUUGCCAACUCUCUAAUCAGAAGCCCCUAACACCCGUCUCCCCUUAGUGUACUUUCUCCCUACUUGAGCUCCAUUCCUUCUUGAGGCGUUCCCCCAAGGGUUUCAGUUUGAGUGAAGAGGCCAGGAUUCAUCACAAAUCAUACUGAAAGUUUCUUAUUCCAAAAGAAGAUGGAAGGAUUAGAACAAUUGAAGACACAAGCAGGACGAUUGAAGAAAUUGGCAGGGCAAUGGUCAUCUCAAGCCCUUGAAUACGUUCAUCAGGUUCCAUCUGAACAGAUUUAUGCUGCUGUCGCCAUCUUGCUAUUUACCUCAUUUUUACUCUUACUGGUUAGGUUGUUUAAACGCCCAAAAGCUAAUACCAUACUGCUGACUGGGCUUAGCGGGAGUGGAAAGACUGUUCUUUUCUAUCAACUGCGGGAUGGCUCUUCUCAUCAUGGUACUUUGACAUCAAUGGAACCAAAUGAGGGAACUUUUGUGCUCCAUUCUGAAAAAUCAAAGAAUGGAAAGGAAAAUCCUGUUCAUCUUAUUGAUGUUCCUGGGCAUUCUCGGCUUAGAGCCAAACUAGACGAUGUUCUGCCUCAAGCAGCUGGUAUAGUAUUUGUGGUUGAUGCUUUGGAGUUCUUACCAAAUUGCCGUGCCGCUUCAGAGUACCUGUAUGAUAUUUUGACUAAGGUGAGUGUGGUGAGGAAGAAAAUUCCAGUUCUUAUUCUCUGCAACAAGACAGACAAAGUGACAGCACAUAGCAAGGAAUUCAUUCGAAAACAAUUGGAGAAAGAAAUUGACAAAUUACGUGCAUCAAGAAGUGUGAUAUCAACAGCUGAUAUUGCAAACGACAUUACACUUGGAGUGCCUGGCGAACCAUUCUCUUUUUCCCAAUGCCAGAACAAAGUUAAAGUUGCAGAAGCUUCUGGUGUAGCCGGUGAAAUAUCUGAGGUGGAGCAGUUUAUCAGGGACCAUGUGAAGUCUUAGUAUGUUUCAUCCUAUUUCAUGAAUUUGUCAUGGUUUUCUUUGAGAGUUGAGUUUAAUUAUUGUUUUGUUGAUGAUUGGAGGGGAAAAAAAACCUCAACGAAGAUGCUCAAAAC